AUAUUUACUAUGGCGCAUGCGCAGUAUGACAUGUGUAACCACAGUUUAUUUUAUGCCAAUCUUUUUCACCGUACGCUCUGUUCACACCUAAAACGAAUAAUCGAACGCACCUCGAUUAUGUGUAUUCCAUUGGAUGCUUCCAAUUCUUCAAACAUAACCCCACAAAUCACGAUUUGUGCAUAAUCCUUCGCUUCGAGUUCUUUAGGUUUUUCAGUUUCUUCAGACACAUUGGCCGUUUGUCACAAGUAAAUUGCAUUAAAUAAACAUUGUUACACAAAGAAAAAAAUGGACACCAUGCAAAAUUAUAAGAUGCAGCCCAAAAUGUACAAAUUUUAAUUAAGGCUGAAGGGUGUCCAACCUGAAGACCAAUGCAUCAACCCCGAGCGGAGAACAAUUGCAUAGAGAACGGCAUGACGCCAACGUACCAUUUGACGUACUUCCAAUCGAAAGCAUUGGCCGAGCCCAUCCGUUUCCUCUUCAGUUAUGGCAACAUUGAAUUUGAAGACAUCCGCAUCGAGAAAUCGAACUGGCCGGAAAUCAAACCGAGCCUGCCGUUUGGACAAGCUCCCGUUUUGGAAUUCAACGGAAUUCGAGCCUACCAGAGCAUCGCGAUUACACGAUACGUCGCGAAGCAAGUCAAACUCGCGGGAGCUAACGACGUCGAAGAUCUCGAAAUCGACGCCGUUGUCGACACGGUUAAUGACCUACGCAUUAAAAUCUCGGAGUUUUGCUACGAGAUGGACUCGGUCGCCAAAGAAAGACGUAGACAGUCGCUUUUCGACGAAGUUCUCCCUUACUACCUGGAACGUUUCGAGACUAUCGUCGAGAAUAACAACGGGCAUCUCGCAACGGGAAAGUUAACCUGGGCCGACAUACACUUCGUUGGGAUUCUCGAUUACCUAAGCUUCAUGACGGGGAAGACCAUCAUAGCGGGUUAUCCCGGCCUUCAAAACUUGGAGAAGACGAUCCUGAAUCUUCCAGGUAUCAAGGAAUGGGUUGCCAAACGUCCUGUUACUCGCGCAUAUUCAAUUCACAUCCUUCCAUAAAGGCAUCUUCCGAUUAAAAAGAUGGUCGAUUGCGAAGACGAUCAAGAUAUGAAGGAUGAGGCAGAAGAGACGGAUAGCGUGAAUCUUACCGGAUUUUUAUUCGGAAACAUU